AAUCACAAACCGUUUCGCUGAAUGGUGCUGAAUGAGAAUCUGAGUUUGGCAGAAAAGAAAGUAAACGAACUUCUUUAAAAGUGAUGGCAACCUACAUUAUUGCAGGACCAGCUCCUUCCAAGGAAAUUGGCCCAAAGAAAAAAAUGACUUUUCCUUGGAAUCACAAACUUGUGGUCAAAGAAGACAGAGCAAGAAGGGUCACUCCAUCGGUGUAUACCCAAGAGAUGUUGCAAACCACAGAGGAGCGCCUGGCCAGUACUCAGGAGAUGCAGCCGCCCCGAAUCCUGGAGCUGCUGGACAUGGGCGAUCAUGAAUUAUCCUCGGUGGACUUGGAGCGGGCUCUUUUCCAGCCAUACCCAUCUGAAGUGGUCUUCCAGAACUUUGCCCCAACGCAGACCUACAAGCUGCCCCUACUCCUCCGCAACAUUGACAAGGCCUCACGCCACGUGAAGCUGCUGAUGGAGGCCUCCCAGUGUUUCUCUGUGGUCAGCCCAGAAGAGGGCUGCUCCAAGGUGGCCCCAGGGAUGACUACUGCCUUCAGCGUUCGCUUCACACCACAAGAGAACAAGGACUACCACCUCAAGCUGGUGUUUGUGACAGACAGAGAGACGUUUGAGGUCCCCGUUCGGGCCAUCGGGCCCCGGGCCAUCCUGGACUUCCGGGAUGAACUGCAGAUGCCCGUCUGCCUAGUGAAGGGCUCCACACAAAAGACCCAGCUGGUCCGUAACAUAGGAAACGCUGAGGCCAAGUUCCACCUGCACACACACAGCCCCUUCUCAGUGGAGCCGUCUGUUGGGACUCUGGGUCCCGGGGAGAGCGUGCAGGUGACUGUCGACUUCUCCCCCAGCACCACGGGAAACCACAGAGAGGACCUGCUGCUGCACUACCAUACUGGUGAGGAGGUCUCCAUCGGCCUGCACGGCGUGUCAGAGGAGUUGGACGUGUGUCUGAAGCCUGACUCGGUGGUGCUGGAGAACACCUUCAUCUCCCUGUGCAGUGUGCGCACCGUCUCCCUGGCUAACCCGGGCAAUGCCCCUCUGCGCUUCUGCUGGAAGAGUUGGCCCAGCCAGCACGACGAGGACGUGGACACCAUGAGAGAGUGCUCCGAGCUGUGGCAACAGGAAGAGAUGGAGAUGCAGCGCUUCCUGUUGGAGUGCGAGUCCAACCCAGUGGAGAUCCACCGUCUGCCCAUACUGUCCCGCUCGUACCGGGACCGCCCCGCCGCCAAGGACCCCCUCGCCACCUCUUCACCAGGCUGCAUAGCCAUCGAACCUGUGGAGGGAGAGAUCUAUCCCAACACGACGGUUCAGUUCACCAUCGUCUUCAAGCCUCUGGAGGCUACAGUCCACCAUCACACGCUUUACUGUGACGUGACAGGCCAAAGAUCCCGCUUACCCCUGACCAUCCGAGGAGAGGGCAUGGGGCCCAAGCUGCGCUUCAGCUACAACGUGAUGGACAUGGAGAACGUGGUCAUCGGGGACAUGGACCACUAUGAGGUGCUGGUGUCAAACAAAGGGCUGAUCGAUGCCCCCUUCAAGCUGUGCUGCCCAGACACCACCUUCGGGAGCUGCUUCUCCAUCAGCCCUGAGGAGGGGGUUCUCGCGCCGGGGGCCAGCCAGGUGCUGCAGGUCAGCUUCUCCAGCCGCACCCUUGGAGCCUUCUGCGAGGACCUGAUGCUCAGGGUCGAAGGACAGCCUCAGCCCCCGAGCUUGACCUUCAGAGGUCGUGUGAUUGGCCCCACCUUCCACUUCGACGUCACUGAGCUCAACUUGGGAGAUGUGGCCUUUGGCUUCCCUCAGACGUUGAGCUGCACCCUCUUCAACACCUCCCUGGUUCCCCUGACGUAUGCCCUGCGUGUCCUGGGGGACGGCGCGGGCCCCCCCAGCGGGACCAGCAGCCAGCAGGUGACCCAGCUGACCAGGGUCCAGUGGCGUAGCGCCGCGGCCCUGGAUCCCCACGCACGGCCGACCGAGUUCAGCCUCAGGCCGGCCGCGGGCACCAUCCGGGCCAUGUCGGACGUGUUUGUUGAGGUGACACUGUGCUCAAACACUGUGAAGAGGUACCAGGUAGCACUGGUGGUCGAUGUUGAGGGAGUAGGAGAGGAGAUCAUGACUAUUCCCAUUACUGCCAGAUGCUUGGUACCAGAGGUGAUGGUGGAGACCCCGCUCUUGGACUUUGACCAGUGUUUCCUGGGCCAUCCAUACACACACCACGCACGGCUGGCAAACACCAGCCACCUGCCUGCCUGUUACGGGCUGCUGGACCAGGAACACAAGGAGAGUCCAUCCAUGCUGUGGGGCAGUUCUGUUCCCAGGGGCCUCAUCCCUGCUGGAACCUCAGUGGAGGAGGUGCGCUUAACAUGUGUGGGCAAGGGUCCAGCCGUGCACACUCAGCCUCCGAAGGUGGACUUUGGCGAAGUCCAGGUUUUAACGGACGUAACCAGAAAACUGCAGCUGAUAAACCAGUCGCCAAUCCCAGCUCACUUCUCUGCACAUAUGGUGGAGUAA